AUGCUUCCUCGACGAGGCAUUGGGGGCGACUUCAGAGGUGGUUCUGGCCUUGCUGCUAAGACUACGGCCGCAAAGAGAGAUGAGCGUGCAUUGUUGACAGGAUUGCAGCAACUCCUUCAGCAAUUUCAAAGUACGCCUGCUUCUCAGAAUCCAGCCGCCAAGGGCAAGGGCACGGGCGCUAAGCCCGCUAAGCCCACACCGCGUGUGCAGCAAGACACUGCUAGCGAAGAGGAAUAUGGUCUUCUCGAAGCCUUGCAUUCCUUGGUCACCCGGGCAUCGCGAAACCCAAAAGGGCUUUUGCAGAGGAUCCAGGUCGUGGUUGAUAUGGCGUCUCAGGGACGCCUUCGGCCGAAGAAGAAGAAGAAGGCGAAGCCAAGCAAUGGUGAUGCGGCUCCCGCAACACUUAGUCGACAUGUUCGGCCUUCUGUGGGCGACAGCUGGGUUCAAGUUGUCAAACGUGGCGGCAAAGGAAAAAGCAAGGGCAAAGGCAAGACGACGGAUGCAAACAAACAUCCUAGUGCUGCACCGGUCAAUGUUCGUCCCGGGGCGAAGCAACGUGACAGCCAAGGCCAGACGUCUGCUCGUCUUAUGCCUUCCAGCUUCCCAGAUGGCGCUUUGAUUCCGCGUGAGUUUCUUCUUCAAGAGCUUCGGAAAGGCAAGGCUCCGGAGAACAAGUGGGCAUGGGUCGCUUCGAAGCAAGAGGCAAGCGAGAUGAAAGAGCUGGCGGCGAUCCACAAGUUGAGCAUUAAGGUCGGCCUCCUGUACCAGACGACAGACGACAGUGACUCUGCGACUACGGUGAAGCUCCCUGCGUUGCGGGCAGGCCAGAUCACCAUCGAAGAGUUCAAGAUCGCGCCGCUAACUGUGGAUGUUCCUGGCAAGCUUGGGCAAACGGUUCGCAAGUCAAGCGCGCAGCCGGUUCAGAGGAAGUUGGCUACCUUUCGAUGCACAACCCCAAGGGAAUUUGCAAAGGAAGGCGCCUGGAAGGAUGCUUCGAGCAACAUACAGAAGGUCAUUCGACAGUUCUGUUCGGAUGAUGCUUUCCAUUCGUCAUACCAGUGGCAACGCCGUGAGUGUUGGUCCAAGGCGGGGCACUGCGAUGAGUAUCUGGAAGGCUACGUACGCGUCGUCGACGAGCACGCGGACAAGUUUGCAAGGAUGAGCGGACGCAGUGGAUGCUUUUUCGAGAGACUGAGUCGCGAGCAAAAGAAGCCUUUGGUGCAGUGGGUACCAAGACAGGAGAACGAGUCCAGUUCCACCUACUUCAGCAGGGUGGAGCGCGCAGCCAAGGUGGCAGUUUGUUGGGAGCUCAAGGGCUCCCCAGGGUUUUGGACGCAGUCCGAUCUGUGCAGCGCUCUGGAAGGAGCCGGAUGGACUGAGUUGGAAGUUUUGGCGCCUCCAAGACGAGGCCAGGGAUGGCGCAUCCGGGGAGUGAACCCCGGUGACGUCUCAGACUUCGUCGAGGCGGUCGAAGUGGGAAAGCACAUCUUGGUCAUACAGCGGUGUACAGGUGCCAAGCCGACCAAGAUCACUACGCAUCCACUUCGCAAAGUUUUUGGUGAUGGUGGUCCUAGCGGGCACAAGACUCGUGCCGCCAUGCAGACUGACAGUGGGGAAGCCGAGCCUGCUACUGCUGACAGUCACAAACAAGAGGGUGAUGGCUCGAGCAAGAAGCGUGAGACCGUCACCAAAGGCCCAGAUUCGAAGCGAUCAAAGCAUGAUUCCUUCGAUGGCUACACCGUGCGAGAUUGUGGUGGCAAUGGCGCAUGCGGCUACAAUUGCCUUGCCAUGGGCAAGAUGUUGGCAGAUGGUGCCAAAUGGAAUGACAUCAAGGACGAGGCUCAGACUCGUGGGCGCACCCUUCGUGUCGAAGUACAGCAGCAUGUCAAGCGACAUCCUGAAACGUACAAGAGUGCUUGGGCCAAGGACCCACAGUGGACAGAAGUGAGCGAAGGAGGGUCCGUACCAGAAAGCUACCAGCAGUGGGAGGACAGUCUUGCUCGCGACUCACGCUACAUAUGCGGGGCUACGUUGGAAGCAGCAGCUACGCGAUUGGGAGUCACGGCCAUCGUUCACCAAUUCAAGGAUGGAGAAUGGAAGAAUCCGGUGGUAUUUGGAAAGUCCAGGUCCAAAUUCAUUGCUAUGAUUCUCAAGGACUCGCACUACACCCUGCUGGAGCCGGUGCACGACAAACCGUUUCCCACAGACUGGAAACGAGGAGAGAAGUACAACAUCCACACGAUGCUGUUCAGAGGUGGAGGCAAAAGCACUGCUUCGAUGAAGGACUGGAUGCCUCCACACACUCCUGCGAGCUCCAAGGCGUCUACCAAGAGGUCUUGCAGAGAUGAGUGGAUCCCAAAGAGCACGCCGAAGAGCUCUAAGGCUGGAUCGGUGAGUUCUGAAAAUCCAGGUCUCAAAGGGUGGAUGCCGAGUCAUACACCCAAAAGCUCCUUUACGUCGUCGAGCAGUGGCAAGGCGUCUCGUUCCUGUACGGCGACGUCUCUCGCAGGCAAGGGCGCGUCCACGUGUCGUGGGACUCGCGGCAGCGCCAGCUCUUUCCUCAAGAAGGCUUUCAACAAGAAGUGUAGCUGUUCGGGCAAGCCAAAAGCUGCUGAGAAGUCGGAAGGCAACAUGCUCUGGACUUGCUGCGCUUGCCAUCAGGAUGUCAGGGCCGCUACGCUCCACACUCUCAGCAAGCGGCGGUCGAACCAUCUUCGGAAUGCUCACCCUGGUGAAGAUCGCUCCAAGUUCAACUCCAUUCGAGUUCGUCCCGAAGAAGUUAUGGUUGCAGACCUACCUAUGCAUCAACGUGCCUGGACGUGUUCAAAGUGCAGGCUGGGCCUCCCAGUCAUGGACGUCUGGAUUCUGCGUAAAUGGGCGAUCAGUCAUUUGGCCAAGUGUUUCAAGCGCAAGAUCUCCAUGCGCGAAAACCGCAAGCGUUUGACCUCGCAGUCCAUUUCUCACAGCAAAGAUGGACCCCAGCUGCAUCACUACAGCAAGGACAGGAUGAAACGGUUUGCGAAGGUCAAAGCGUCUUUGGAAAAGAAGAGUGGUCACAAGCUCAUCCUUGUCAAGGAGAGGUACGCAGAGGGCGCUACUUUGCUUACGUGUACUUCUUGCACAUCCAUUUUCGGAUGCUUGAAACGGGCCACGAGAUCCUGCGGCGGCCAGCAGGCCCGGCUCCGCAAUCUGUCCAUCAAGGCCACGUGGUGGGCGCACAAGUGGAAGCAUGAUCGCGCAACUCUGGUGCGCAUGUGCAGCAGAUGGCGCCUCACGGAACAGGAAGCCAAGCAUGCAAUGGAGCGAGCACGCCUCAAGUGCAAGCGCUUGACGGGAGGAUUGACGCCUCUCAAGAAGACGGAGUACAUCAAGGACCUCACCGUUGACGAAGACGUCGAGGAGAAUCCCGGCCCUUCAAGUUUGAGAUGUGUCACGCUGAAUGCUUGCGGUCGUGAUCAUGCUUGGCAGCUUCUCUCGACUGAGUACUUGGAUGCUUGUGAUAUCCUGUGUGUGCAAGAGUUGGGAAUGACGAGUUCUCAAUUGACAUGUUUCGAGCGUCAGCUACAGAAAUUUGGUUUCAUGGUCUGGGCUUCGCCGGCUUUUCAAGACAAUGGUAAGUUCUGUCAUGGGUUGCUCUUGGCGGUUCGUCAGAGUUACAGAGUGCGACAUGUCGCUUCGUUUGCUGCGCAUGCAGGUCAUUUUGUGGCGUUGCAAGUUGCUGGUUGUGUUUUCGUAGGCGUGCACCACAAGCCUUGGAUCACGCAUGGCCAGAGCUUCGAGGACGAGAUCGCUUCUUUGAUUGCUUCGUUGGACCCAGAUCAGCUGUGGGUUGGUUUUGGGGAUUGGAACGGACGGCGGGCCAUAGACUACGCCGUCACCAACACGCCCGGCAAGCUCCAGUGCGUCACCUCCUGGGAUGCAGUUUUCGGUGAUCACAAAGUCAUCGAGUUUGCUUUUCGCGUUCGUGAGCAGCCUGAGGUCGCAUGGUCCCUCCCUGCGACUUGCAAAUACAGAUGUCCAGACGGCUUGACGGGCCACGACUGGACAGAGGCGCUGAGACAAGCCUGGCAAGCGCUGGUUUCUGAGGUGCCCGACACCGACACCGAAGACGAGUGGUGCUGGUUCAACAGGCGCCUGGAAGAAAUGUUUCAGCAUGCUGGUUCAAUGUCAAGUGGCACGGCAGGCAAGCGACCAAAAGGCACGGCUGCGGUUCUGCAGCCCCGUCGUUUGGAGGUCACUGUGGGCAACGAGGGCGACAAGAAAACGCAUUUGGAGAGGAAAUGGCGCACAGUCAUUGGCAGGCUUCGUCAUCUGCAAACCCUUCCCGAAAGGUGCACUGAGCAGCGCCGACUCUUGAUUGAGAAGAUUCAGAGGACCAGGCUCGCUGAAAUCGAUUUUUCUCGUCUUCCUUACCGAAUUUCGCAGAUUUUGGUAGAGGCAGAGACAAGGCUUAGAGAGGUCACUCGCGAGGCCGAGCGCCGUCGCCUUGGUGACUGGAGACAGCGAAUGCGCAGCAGUGCUGCGUAUAAGUGGAUCAAGGGUGUCAUGACAUGCUUGCCGAAUCAUGUUUUUGCGCCUGCCAACCCCGAUGUUGUUUCGGGCACCAUCGGCGAGACCCUUCUGUACAUCAAAACUCACUGGAGAAGUAUCUGGGACCGAGCCACCGUAGCAUGGUCCGAUGUGCAAGCAAGCUUUCGUUUUCCAGAUGCGCGUGCUCAUCACUUCACAGCGCCUUCGGCGUCGGAUCUUCGACAGGCGGCGCAGCGAUUGAGAGGGAGAGCCGGCGGCUUGGACGGCUGGCACGGUGAUGAAGUGGCGGCCAUUCCCGAUGAAGCAUGGGCUGUCUUUCAAGUGUUGGUGCAGAGAUGGUUUCAGCGUGCUCGUGAUGGACACGACUCCCCAUUUCCUCACGACUGGCGUGUCAUUCGGCAAACUCACAUCCCGAAGACCAAGGCUCAAGAGGAGCGGCAGCCGUGGGUUCCCCUUUCGGUGAAGGACUUGAGGCCGAUCUCUGUUGAGUGUACCUUCUGGAGACUCGUCAUAGGGGCUAUCGUUCAUCAGAAGAGCUUUGUGGAGUGGGUCGACACCUGGAGGCCGCAGCACGCACAUGGGGGCCUUUCGGCCUUAGGCGUUCAUACGGCGGUUGCUGCCCUCGAUAAGCAUUUUGUUGAUGGCACUGCCCUUGUGAGCCAGGAUUUUUCUGAAGCUUUUGACAGGGCCGAUCCGAAAGUCGCAAUCCAGGCGCUGGCGAGCGCGGGCAUGGCCCCGGAGGUCGUUGCUGCUCUGGAGUGGGUGUGGCCAGCUCAAGUUCGGUGGCUUGUGGUGGGUCAAAGAGUUUUUCCGGAAGCUCAGCAGGUGACGGCGUCUCUUCCACAAGGAGAUCCCAUGAGUCCAUUAGGCUUGUUGGCUUUACUUUGUGGGCCCACCGCUGAAGUUUUGCAAACCCUGCAGAAUCAUCAGCAUGAGGCCUCGCUGGUCAGCUACGUUGAUGACCGCAACACGAUC